UGCAGUGACAAGAGACUAGCAUGUGCAACUCAUUCCGGGAGACAUUCAACUGGUGGAGGUGGCUCUUUUUAUUAUGUUCCGCGGAAUUCGACACAUCUUCAAUAAUUAAUGGAGCUAAAUGCUGUGUUUGCGAAAAAAAUCGAACAGUCUGACAAUACAGUUUGGUUUAUAAUACAUUCCUUACGUCAGUGGUUUAUUGGAAAGAGUGCUUCAAUGCGUAUUAGUCGUCUGAAGGAAAAAUGACUAAGGUAUGGAAGGGAAAAAUUGCAUCCAACUGCCGGAAGAAAAGGCACUGAAGUACUCUGCCCUGUCCAUAAUGGAUCUUCCUGCAGCUGAAAAGACUCGAACGAUCAAAGAGGCAGAAAUAGAACGUCUAGCCAGAGAUUUCGCUGCAAAUAAGGUAUCAGCUGCUGGAGUUGCUUACAUCGUCAAUGACCGUACCCGGGUACGUCGUACCUUGUGGCUCAUCGGUGUGAUCUUGUGCACUCUGGUAAUGGGUUACUUGACUCUCAAAGUCAUCAUGGAGUAUCUCCAAUACCCUAAAGUACUCAUUAAAGAGGACAUUAUCCGUCGUAAACUACCUUUUCCGGCCGUCACCAUUUGCUCAUUAAAUCCCAUCUUUGGUCAUUUCGUUGAAGAAACAUCCCUUAAAAAAUUUUUAGAACUUAAAAAGAUGAUGCAGAAAGUGAAAAGACAGCAAUUUAAUAUAACUCUACGAGACGCCUGCUACGCGAACCCACUCUGCGAGUGGUCAUGGUUCCAAGAAAAGUGCACCUGUGUCGAUAAUCCUUGUCUAACCGAAUUCUGCCUGACUGAAGGCAUUUCAAAUUGCAGUUGCUCGCCACUUUUUUGCAACAGCAGCAGGCAAGUGGAAGGAUGCAGAUUUCUGCACGCCUCUUUGACGCCUUACAGCCAACAAACAUGCCAAUGCGAAGGAUUCUCGACCGAAGACACAUGGGAGAAAAGCAUAAUACAGAAGGACAUCGAAGAAUUAUAUGACUCUAUCGAAGAUCAAGAAGUUAAAGAUGUUAUUCGACUUAUCAAGCAUGCUAAAACCUAUGACUUGGUGGACAUUGAAGAAGCUUUGAUGCCUUCCACGAAGGAACUCUACCACUAUGGAGUCACUUUUGAUAGUCUAGUUGCAUCGUGUAGCUUCGAAGGAAGGCGUUGCCAUAGAGAGAAUUUCACAGUUCUUUAUGAUCCUACUUACGGGAAAUGUUACAUGUUUAAUUACGUAGGAUACAACAUCCCUGGUGCCGAUAAACCUAUUGAAAUAGAGAGAUAUGGCAGCACAAGCGGCCUGCAGCUUCUGCUGCGAGUAACGGAUCGGAAAGCCCUUGACCUUCUCCGUCGCGAGAUCGGAGCUCGAAUCGUCAUCCACGAUCCACAUAUCCUGCCCUUUGUGGCCGAAUACGGCGUGAAUGUCAGGCCGAGAGACAUGACCGCUGUGGAGCUAUCUCUCUCCAACGUUCAGAGGUUGGGGAAUCCAUGGGGCAGUUGCGAAGACGAAAACAAGCAAUUGUACAAUGGAGACCCCUACACUUUACUGGGUUGCGAAAAGUCCUGUGGAUAUAAACACAUGGCAACGCAAUGCAAUUGUACCAUGAGACACUACCUGCGUGGAACAAUUCUUAGCAACACGAGUUCGCAAUUUCCAUUUUGUAACAUCACGGAUGAAGUACAAAGAGAGUGUGCUUACAGAGUGUCGCAGAGCAUUGAAAAAAUGACAGGAUGCGAUUGCAAAGCUCCUUGCAGGGAAACUGUUUACAGUUACACGGUAACUUCAAGUGAACUCAAUGAAAACUAUUACAGGACAGUAAAAGCUGUUCGAACACUGACUCUGGAUUCUGAAGGAGAAAAAGUGCACAUGAAUUAUUCCGACGUAAAAUCAAUGGUUGGUGUAAAGGUUUAUUACAACACAUUCCAAGUCUCAAAUAGUAAUGAAGUGGCAUCAUAUAGCUGGGAAACGCUGAUGGCGAACAUUGGCGGAAACCUUGGCUUCUUCAUGGGAUUAACAUUAGUGACAUUUCUGGAAAUCGCAGAAUUCAUAUGGGACCUUUUUGGCAUAGCUUGCGGGCGAGUUACAAAAGACAAUAAAGUGCGUAAACUUCCAACAGCGAAAACGAGGGAUAUUACGCAAUUCUUUUCAUCAAAAGCAGAAAAUUUUAUGAAAAGGAGACUAUCUGUUUGAAUGAACAUACUUCUAUAGAAUCAAUUAAACUAAUGUGAAUUUGUAUACUAGUAUAUGUUUUCUAAAUCG